AUGAACUCGGAAAUCGAGGCGUUCGCUCAGAAGUGCGCCGCAUGCAAAAAGUAUGCGUACAAUCAGCCGAAGGAACCACUCAUGAUGCGUCCUGUUCCGGACCAGCCUUGGUAUCGCGUAGGAAUCGACAUCUUUCACUACGGCGGCAAGUCCUACCUGUGUAUCUAUGACGCCUUGUCUAACUUCCCAGAAGUAGAAUGCCUCCGAGACACUACAGCCAGGACCGUCGUUGACGCGACUAGUGCUAUAUUUGCUCGUUAUGGCAUACCAAUGGAGGUUCUUUCCGACAAUGGUCCCCAAUUUUCGAGCAGAGAAUUUGCCUUGUUUUCACGCACUUACGACUUCAAACACAUCACCUCAAGUCCGGGAUUCCCACGUUCCAAUGGGCUAUCCGAAAAGGGGGUACAGGUGGUGAAAAGACUGCUUAAGAAAACUACUGAAGCUAAACAGGAUUUCUGGUUGGCACUUUUGGCUUACAGGACUUCUCCCUUGGAGUGUGGCCGGGCGCCAGCAGAGAUCCUCCAAGGCCGCCGACUACGAACACUGCUGCCUGACUUCCAAUGUGGACCAGCCCACCAGGUCGUCAAGCAUCGUCAGCCUCAUACCUCUGCGCAGCCACUAGCAGCACUACACGAAGGCGAUGUCGUGCGAGUCCAGACCGGCACGUGGGCCACGAAAGCACAGGUUUUGCAUCCGUCAACGUACCCGAGGUCGUACCACGUCAUCACGCCGGAAGGGCGGUCCCUUCGGCGUAAUCGAAAACACUUGCUACCGACCGGGGAGACUUUCCGGCGCGACUUCAGUCCCAACGACGCGGAACCCGAGUGCUCGACAUCUGCUCAGCACAUCGAUGGUGAAGCGCCGUCUAAUGGUGUUACAGAAGCCGCGGACAUAAUGAACAGUUCGCCGCCACCGCCAGCCAGCGUUACGACAACCGCGGACAUUUCGGACGGGUCGCCGCCAACGCCAGCACCGAGAAGGUCGCUGAGACAACCAAGACCACCACGACGACUGGAGUAUGAUCGAAACUUCCAGCAGAUUUCUUAA